CUAGCUUCGGGUAUCGGGACCGAGAGUGGGCUGGCGGAGGAGGGAGUGAGGAGUUGGGGCUGAGAGGAGAGGGUAGAGCCCUCGACCGUCGAAUAAGGGGACGCGCGAUGGGGCAGAGGCCCACUGGCGAGGGAGCGGCGCAGAUGAGAGAUAGGGGUGGAGCUCGGCUGACGGGAGACAGACUGCGGUUAAGUCGGGAGGGAGAAGGCAGCACUGACUUGCUAGGGUGUGGGAAAGGAUCAGGUUGUAAUUUGGGAAGGUUGAGGUGCAGUCCGAGGAAGACGGCUCAAGAAAGUGGUGGAUCGGCUCAGGCCCCGGCCUAGGCUGUUGGAUGGCCGCUGUUGGAUGCCGACAGAACAGAGGGAGGAGAAGCAGCUUGAGGCAUCAUUAGAUGCACUGCUGAGUCAAGUGGCUGAUCUGAAGAACUCACUGGGGAGUUUCAUUUACAAGUUGGAGAAUGAGUAUGACCGGCUGACCUGGCCAUCUGUCCUGGACAGCUUUGCCUUGCUCUCUGGACAGUUGAACACUCUGAACAAGGUCUUGAAGCAUGAAAAGACACCACUGUUCCGUAACCAGGUCAUCAUCCCUCUGGUGUUGUCCCCAGACCGAGAUGAAGAUCUCAUGAGGCAGACUGAAGGACGGGUACCUGUUUUCAGCCAUGAGGUGGUCCCUGACCAUUUGAGAACCAAGCCUGACCCUGAGGUAGAAGAGCAAGAGAAGCAGCUGACAACGGAUGCUGCCCGCAUUGGUGCUGAUGCAGCUCAGAAGCAGAUCCAGAGCUUGAAUAAAAUGUGCUCAAACCUUCUGGAGAAAAUCAGCAAAGAGGAACGAGAAGCGGAGAGUGGAGGUCUCCGGCCGAACAAGCAGACCUUUAACCCAGCAGACACCAAUGCAUUAGUGGCAGCUGUUGCCUUUGGGAAGGGGCUGUCUAAUUGGAGGCCUUCAGGCAGCAGUGGUCCUGGCCAGCCGGGCCAGCCAGGAGCUGGGACAAUCCUCUCAGGAGCCUCAGGAUUACAGCAGGUGCAGAUGGCAGGAGCUCCAAGUCAGCAGCAGCCAAUGCUCAGUGGGGUGCAGAUGGCCCAAGCAGGUCAACCAGGGAAAAUGCCAAGUGGAAUAAAAACCAACAUCAAGUCGGCUUCCAUGCAUCCCUACCAGCGGUGAGUGUGGCCGACAACCUCCACUCUCAGGUGCUCUUUGCAGAGUUGGGCAGUGAAACUGCCGUUUGCCCAAAGCUGACCUAGAUGGGUAUAAUAAAAAGAAUACGGGCUUUCAGCCACAGACAGAUCCCAUCUCCACUGCCGACUAGCUGUGUGACCUUGGGCAAGUGACCGAAUUUUUCUGAGCCGGUUUUCUUGUUUAUAAAUGGUGAUAAUACCUACCUCAUAGGGUUGUUGUGAGGAUUAAAAUGGGAAAAUGAAUGUAAAA